AUGAACUCUGUCCCUAUUGCACUAAACAAAGCGGCGAUGCGCAAGUAUGAAGAUCUAGAAAUACCCUGUGAAUCUAUUCUCGCGGCUUAUGUUUGGGUCGACGGAUCUGGAAUCAAUUUACGCUCAAAAGAUAGAACUUUCGAUUUUGUGCCCAAAACAAAUAAAGACCUACCAAUUUGGUAUUUUGAUGGGAGCAAUACCUCGCAAGCCACUCCUGACAAUUCUGAUACGUACAUAUUCCCUCAAGUGAUUUAUAAUGAUCCGUUUCGACGUGGAAGCCAUAUAUUGGUUUUGGCAGAUACUUAUCAACACAAUUAUCAGCCAACUGCAUCGAAUCAUCGAAAAAAUUGCACAUUGGUGUGCGAAAAAGCCGAAGUAGAAGAGCCAUGGUUUGGCUUCAACCAGGAGUUCUUUUUAACGACAACUGAUGGAAGACCACUUGGGUGGCCACCUGGAGGCUUUCCCGCUCCCCCUGGUCCUUACUAUUGUGCCAUUGGUGCUAACAAAAUAGUUGCUCGAGACCUAAUGGAGGCUUUCUACAGGUGUUGUCUUUAUGCGGGCGUGCGGAUUAACGGUAUUAACCCUGGAACAACACCUUCUCAGUGGAAUUUUCAGGUUGGACCAUGUCCAGGAUUAAGAGCAGCUGAUGAUUUGUGGAUGGCUCGCUACAUUUUGAGUAGGCUUGCUGAGGAAUACGGCACUGUUGCUUCAUUUGAACCACAGCCGGUAGCCGACUGGCCAGGAAACGGUACAUUCAUCUAUUUUUCAUCCAAGGAUAUGAGAGAAGAAGACGGAAUUUUAGUGAUAGAAAGGGCGAUAGAUAAGUUGGCUCGGCGUCACGGAGCUCAUAUCAAUGAAUAUGAUGCGAAUAAUGGCACCGACAACGCACGACGGCUCACAGGGAAGAAUGGAAUGCCACACAUACGUGACUUUACUGCAGGUGUUGCAAAUCGAUGCUGUGCCGUUCGUAUUCCACGCCAAGUAUCAGAAGAUAAACGGGGCUACCUAGAAGAUCGUCGGCCUGCUUCUAACGCUGAUCCAUACCGUUUGAUUUCCAUUAUGUUAAGAACAUGCAUAUUCGAUGAAUAG